UCCCAGACUUUUUAGUGCGGAACACAAACUACUUAGCACUCAGAAUGAGGAAUGCUCCUCAAAAAGAAGUACUCAGAUGUCUUUUUUGCCCGUUUUCUCUCUGAAACAUGCCCAUAACUAUUUCUCAUUCUUAUUUACGUCACAUCUAUAUAGGGCCUCCGCAAAAUGCGUGUAAACAAAAAUUGUCAAACAUUUAGCCCGUGAUUGGCUGAGUGGCUAGGCGGGAAUCAAUUUUGUCAAGAGAUGUAAAUAAGUUUUAAUAUCUUUUCCAUUGAAGUUGCUCAGGCAAGUCCUGGAACAGUACUCCACUUCUCUUAGAGAAUUCAAAGCCAUACUAGCUCAUAAUGUGUGGAAGGACAGCUUGCACCCUUGCACCCGACGAGAUCAAAAGAGCCUGUAAAUAUCAAAAUCAUGGCAAGUGGAAGGAGCCAGACUGGAAGGAUGGAGACCAGGAUAAAUACAAGCCUUCAUAUAACAAGAGUCCGCAGACAAAUAACCCUGUUCUUGUGUCACUCAGACAUUUUCAAAAGGAUGCUGAUAGCUCAGAGCGUGUCCUCACUGCUAUGCGAUGGGGUCUCAUUCCUUCCUGGUUCCCGGAAAGUGAUCCUUCAAAAAUGCAGUACAGCACCAGCAACUGUCGCAGUGAUGGAAUGAUGCAGAAGAAGUCUUAUAAGGAUCCCUUGUUAAAAGGUCAACGCUGUGUGGUGCUAGCUGAUGGUUUCUAUGAAUGGCAGAGACAACAAGGAGCAAAACAGCCUUACUUCAUUUAUUUUCCCCAGUAUAAGCAGGAAGAGUCAGAAGAUAAGGACGACUCCGAUAAUUGGAAAGGUUGGAGGUUACUGACUAUGGCUGGGAUCUUUGAUUGUUGGAAGCCUGCUGAUGGAGGUGACCUUUUGUACUCAUACACAGUCAUCACAGUAAAUGCUUCCAAAGCAAUGGAUUGGGUGCAUGACAGGAUGCCAGCUAUACUGGAUGGAGCUGAGGCAGUCAGAAGGUGGCUGGACUUUGGUGAAGUGUCAACAAAUGAAGCAGUUAAGCUUAUCCAUUCAAUAGAAACCAUCUGUCUUCACCCAGUGUCCACAAUCGUCAAUAGCACUAGAAACAACUCUCCUGAGUGUGUCAAACCAUUAGAAAUUGGAAUCAAGGAAUCUACUGCUAGUAGCAAGAUGAUGAUGAACUGGCUAAAAAGUGAGUCUCCUAAGAAGAAGCCAAAUAACCCCGAACUUUCUCAAAUGCCAGUUAAAGAUGAAUCACCAAAGAAGACAAGUGCUGGACUAAUGCAGCUGUGGUUAAAGAAAAGUGAGGAGCCAGCAGAAAAGAAAGCAAAAUUCAGCUGAAUUAGUGUUGGCCAUCUGCACUAUUCUACUAUACUUACUUGCAGUUUUACUUUGCAGCUGUUUGAUCAGUAUAAACAUUUGCUCUGCCUUUUAACCAUGAUGUUAAAAUUUUGCCAAUCAUGCUUUCAUUUGGACUUUUAUAAAACAAUACAAUUGUUUCAUAGACUUUGUAAAUGGUUAAAAUGCUAUGCAUUUUUCUUUGUGGUAAUCUGUUGUUUCAUGUAUGGUAACUGUGUAAACAAUUUACCCCUGUACAUAGUUCAACUUGAAAAAGAAAAUAAAUGUUUAGCUUCUGAGUGCAAUUUC